AUGGAAGAGUUUCUACCAGAGGAAGAACAUAACUUGGAUUUUCCUGAAAUGGCUGAAACAAAGGUUUAUCAGUUACAUCGGUUCAAUGGGCAAAAUUAUCAAUUGUGGAAGCGGCAAAUGGAAAUUUACACGACAGAAAAUAAGCUGAAGCCAUACAUUUUGGGCACCGUCAUGAAAUCAGCAACAAAUAGUCAAGCAUGGGAAGAGAAAGAUGCUGAGGCUCAAGCGUUUAUAAUGAGAGGACUUGAAUUACAACAACUAAAACAUUUAACAGAUUGUACAACUGCAGCUCAAAUGUGGAGCAGAUUGAAAACGAUACAUGCAGAAAAGAGUGAACAGUCCGCACAAGUGUUGUUGGAGAAAUUUAUUAAUUUGAAAAUGGAAGAGGACGACAAUGUUAUGAAUUUCAUUGCCACCAUUACGUCGCUCACACAACGACUAAAUGAUAUGAAUUUAGAACAAAAGGAACAAAUGAUAAUUUCAAAAAUAUUGUGUAGCCUGCCAUCCAAAUAUGACCAUGUAAGAACGCAUGGUAUGCAGUACCCCGCUCCGACCAAAACAUCGAUAAAUUAA